AUGUCUAAGAUUAAAGAGGUCGAUGCGGCUGUUACAUCUGCCAGCGACCAUGACAGUGGAACUUCUCGCUCGAUUGGGUUCAUUAGCCGACUCAAAGGCCAGAGAAUGGACCUAAAUGAGCUUGGAAAGGCGUACUUUCAACAAUCUCUGCAAUAUGAAGAACAUCAGUUGGAACGAGACUCUAUCAAGGUCCGCAGAAAGCUCGACUUCUACGUGUUACCACUGAUGAUGAUGACGUAUAUGCUGAGCUUCUUGGACAAACAAACUCUCAACUAUUCCAACGCAUACGGCUUACAGACCGAUACAAACAUGAAAGGGGAUGACUACUCAUGGGUGUCAUCUGCUCUAUACAUCGGCUGGCUCGUUGGCGCUUAUCCGUGGCAAAUCAUGCUACAGAGGUAUCCCAUUGGAAAGCUCAUCGGAGUAAUGUUAUUCGUAUGGGGGGCUGUGUGCAUGCUUCAGGCAGCAGUCUUCAACUUUGCAGGCUUUUUCGCCAUCCGCUUCUUCCUCGGGCUACUUGAGGCUGUCAUAUCACCUGCAUUCAUUAUCCUUACAUCGAUGCUUUGGACUCGUGAUGAACAGAGUUUGAGAAGUUCAUUUUGGCUUUCGGUGAACGGGGUGGCCUCCAUCGUAGGUGCGCUUCUUGCGUAUGGGGCUGGGCACGCGACUGGCCUGACUAUCCCUCAAUGGAAACUCAUUUACCUCAUCGUUGGAGUGAUGACUAUCCUGUGGGGAUUUGUGAUCUACGCCUACCUACCUGAUGGUCCGCACAACGCGAAGAUGUUGACCGAAUACGAAAGAAUUGUCGCUGUGUGGCGCAUUUCACGGAACCAGACAGGGCUAAAGCACAAAGUCAUUGUCCCAGGCCAGAUAAAAGAGGCCGCUCUUGAUUUCAAGGUUUGGCUGCUCUGGCUGAUGGCGAUCUGCUAUGGCAUUCUGAACGGCGGUGUGGCAAACUUCCUGUCUGCCAUCAUAAAGGGCUUUGGUUAUGACGCACUGCGUACAAGUCUUCUUCAGACUCCAGUGGGAGGUCUUGAACUCGUAAUGGUUAUUGCCUUUGGCUACCUAUCAAGACUACCAAACAUGGUCGGCGCCACAAUCGUUAUAUCUUGCCUUCCAGGCCUAGCUGGUCUGAUCGGGAUAAUGAAGAUCGACAUAGAACACCGGUUUGCCUUGGUUGGCAUGUGCUGGUUGCAAGGCAUUCUUGGAUCUCCGGUCAUUCUAAACUGGACACUACCUGGAUUGAAUACCGCCGGCCACACCAAGAGAAGUUUUGUUCUCGGUGUAUACUUUGUGAUCUAUUGUGCGGGAAACAUCGCUGGGCCGCACCUGUUUCUUGCAGCAGAAGUCCCACGAUACCCAACAGCCAUCAAAGGCUUAGCCGGGGCGUACGCAGGCGCAAUGUGUCUUCAAAUCAUUUAUACAACGUACUGUUAUCUCGAAAACCGGAGAAAGCAAAAGGAAGGACUCUUGCAUGCACCCAACUCAACUGAAGAUGCCCUUGAGAGCUUUGAUGAUUUGACCGACAAGGAGAAUAAGCAUUUCAGAUACUGUAUCUAG